CACUGAAACUCUUGAUUUUUGUAUCCCUACUAGCGGGUGUCGUUACCAAAGUAUGGAAAUUGCUAUGUAUUUCUAGGAUAGUUUCUGGACUUCUAAUAAUCUUUGUGCUCGUUGUGGUUCUGAAUUUACUUACGCGUUCGCUACUAGUUAAAAGGAGGACCUAUAGUCCGAUAUUUAAAAGAAUAGUCAUAAAUUUUCCUUAUAAUGACUAAGGCCCGUUAAAUGCUACCACGCCGAACCUCAAAAGACCAAUUCACUUAUUGGACGGUUGUCACUACGGCUGACUGUUUUUCGAGUACCGACCGAGGCCCGCGCCUCGACCAGAGAGUACCAUGCCGUACAUAUUCCCAAUCGAGCGUGACAGCCAGAAGGUUCUCAUCGGAUGCGCCGUUAUUUUCUCAUUGUUACCGGUGACUGCCGUUGUUCUGCGCUUGAUAGCGCGAUCAAGAAUCAGAAAUCACAUUCUUGAUCUGAGCGACUGGCUAAUUAUCUUAGCAUGUAUUGUCGCUGUCGCAUACCAAGGACUUGCAGUCUCCUGUGCUGUGGUUGGAGGGAUGGGAUACCACACCACUGAGGUCCUUGCGAUGGGAGGGAAGGAGUCGCUAACUCUUCUCCUGGAGCUUGUAACCGCGAUCAUCGUAUUCUGGGGCGUUAGUCUCGCGUUAACGAAACUAUCCAUCCUCGCGUUAUACGCCAAGAUUUUCAGUGUCAGGAGCUUCGUUCUUGCCGCUCAAGCCUGUGCCGUAUUUGUCGUACUCUGUGCCAUGGCCUUGAUAAUCGGUCAUUUCUCCAUAUGUACGCCAGUUUGGUACAACUGGGACAGAUUCUCGACUCCGGGGACUUGUGGCGAUAUUAGGUUGUUAUGGUCCGUAACCGGUGGGCUCAAUAUCUUCAGUGACCUGGUUAUUAUAUUCCUUCCCAUGCCACACAUUUGGGGCCUAUCGCUACAGUUGUACAAAAAGAUUGGAUUGGUAGUGACCUUUGGAAUUGGACUUGCAGUCUGUAUUGUGAGCGCCGUCCGACUUGCCGAGAUUAUCAAAGUCGACUUAGACGACUUCCCAUUUUCCAGCGGUGUCGCACUCGCGUUUAGUGCGCUGGAACCCUGUCUCUUGGUAACUGCAGCAUGUAUACCGCUUCUCCGCCCAUUAGUAUCUCGAAAGAAUUCGUCAGUCGAACACAGUAGCUACGCCGACGGAACUAUUACUAUUGGUGGUUCCGGAGCUCCUUCGGCUCCUCGAAUGGGGGGGUUCUCAGAACUAGAAGACGACAACAGCUCGACGAGACAACUACAUGUGAAACAGUCGAAAUUUGGUGGUGGGACAACUGCCGAGGCAGAUGGUAGUUCCUUCGGUUCCUCCCAUGGAGCAGAUAAUUAUACCAACGUGGAGUUAAAAGCUAUCAGGGUUAAGAAGGAAUGGAAGGUUGUUGAAGAAUCUGUUUAAACAAUCCAAGGUAUUAUUUUAAUAACUUGGAAUAUACAUUGACAUUAUGAGCGGAUAUUGUAUUAGAAAUUGUACCUAGUUUAAAAAAACAAAAACCUAAUGAAGACUCCAUAGAUUAUUCAGGUAAUUCUAAUAACCCUGGCCGAGGGAUGUGCC